AUGUUUAUUAUAUUGUUAUUAUUGGCACGAUCAACAGUCGGAGAAAAUGAGAAGACAUGUGUGCAGUUUGAAGGGCCAACGUUGUUUCAGUGCCGUCAGACACUUCGUGAUAUAAAAAUAAACGCUAAUUCCAUCGGUUUUACAAGAAAAAUGCUGAAAAAUUGAACACGCUUUGUGAAGGUUUUCCAGUGUGUGCAGAGUCGUUCAAAUGCCAGGCUGAUGUUGAAGUAAUCAAUUACAUACAUCGACAAAGUUAGCUCACUUUGUACUGGUGUUAGAUUCCUCUCAUUUGAUUUCAAAGAGUGUUAUCAAAAAUUAUACGUGCAAAACUCCACAUGUUUUCAAGGAUGGAAACCAUUUCCAGACGACCCAGUUGUAAUGGCUAAAAUUAAGAGAGAAGGGUGUAAGACAGUAUUGGGGAGAGAUCGCUGUGUGGAGAAGGAAAUAACUGAAAGUUGCAAUUCUGAAUUGGCCGUGAAUUUUGGCAAGCACCUCCUUGCACUGCACAAAAUAAUCGGAGCAUGCGAAAACUUCUGA